AUGGCUGCUCCUGUAAGUCAAAUGAGUCACAAUGCUUCGAAGACUAAGGACAAUUAUAACAACUUGCUGAAUGGGUAUCAUCCUGCGUUGGAGCAGCUCAACUCGGCGUUCCGGCAGUAUGAGACUGCAGGCGCGCAGAUGAUUGAGGCGCAAAAUGAAAUUGCAAAGAGCCUUGCAGUCCUGCUCAAACACGCAGAAGAUUCCUCUGCCCGCUCCGAUCUCCCAGACGGAAUUUCCGCCGCCGAAGAAAUCAUCCGAAAACUCAAGGCCGAGCUCGAGCAAUACCAAGAAGCCGCACAGGCAAACAUCGUUGAACUAGACUUGAAGAUUUCAAAGGAUGGAGAGUACCUGAACUCGGAACUGCAAAAGUUGAGAAAGAAGUGGAAUGAUGGGGUUGAUGCUAAAGAAGCAAAAGAAAAGGAAAUCUCCAAGCUGGCAAAGAAAGGCAAGUCAAAGAAAGACGACCAAAAGCGGAUGCAAAAAGAACAGGAGCUGAAGCAAAUCACCAAGAAUCUCGACAACUACGCCAGGGAAAGCUUGAAGAAAUCAGUCUUGGAACAGAACAAACGCUACGGGUUCGCGGUUGAAUCGCUAAAGAAAUCGAUGACGAAGCUGUCACUAUUCCACGCGCAGAAUCAGAAGAUUAUUGCAGAGCACUUGGAUGAGCUGAAUCUUGGAAAUACUGAUUGGCAAGCUGCUGCGGAUGCGGCUGUUGAAGAAACUGCUCCAACUCCUCGAAAGUCAAUUUAUCAGAUGCCAGACAUGUCCGAAGACAUUCACAACAUGUCCGAACCAUCGAUUCCACCAGCCCCUGUUGUCGCAGCUUCUACUGCAGCUACAGUCACGCGAGAUACGUUUUUGAUUCCAAGAGCAAAAGAAGCUGUCUCGCCGAGCGCUCCUUCUAAAAAGAGAGUAAAGGCUACCCACCCUUACGCCGGGGAUGGUCAAACUAAGCUCCAACUGGAUGUCGGAGACACCGUCCAACUUCUCAUCCCCCAACCACGUGACGGCUGGCACUAUGGAGAGAACGAAAAGAGCGGCCUCCGCGGCUGGUUCCCUAUUCAAUACACAACCAAGCUGAUGUAG